ACUUGGAAUGCCAAUUUCUUCUCACUCUCUCUCUCUUUUUCCCCCCUACUUUCAUAUAAGUCUGCCCGUACACAACAAUUGGGGGGAUGGAAGGAAAACUCUGCACGUUUCUUUCCAUCCGACGCGGUGAACGGAACUUACUUCCAUAGUUCCAUCCUUAUGCAGCAGACACAGUGAACGGAACUUACUUCCAUCGUUCCAUCCUUAUGCAGCAGACGCGGUGAACGGAACUUACUUCCAUCGUUCCAUCCUUGCGGGGCAGACGCGGUGAACAAAACUUACUUCCAUCCGGAACUUACUUCCAUCCUUACGCGGCAGAUGCGGUGAACGAAACUUACUUCCAUGCUUCCAUCCGGAACUUACUUCCAUCGUUCCAUUGUUAUCUAAAAGAAGAUCAAGAGGUGGAGGGAGGGAGCGAUGCCGGCAAAUACUUUGGUCCGCUGGAUUAUUAAGACUUUGGCCUCAGCAUUCCAUAUUGAGAAGCGGCCGAUAAAAGAUUACUUUUGCCUAUGCAGGGGGGCUGCUGUUAUCACAGGUCUUGCGUAUACCCAAUGGUUUGUAGACGUUGCAGUGGUGAACAUCUUGAUUACAUACUUCACAGACACCUGGGAGAAAGUCAACGUUCUCUCGUUUGCUGUUUUAUUGGUAAAUUUACUAGGGGGUUUGUCGUCUGUUUUGGAAGUUGCGAUGACUUACAUCUCCGACAACCAUGUUAGUCCUCUCAAAGUCAUUCUCUACUCAGUUGCUGCCUACAUCAUCGGAAUGGUGAUGCUAUUGAUUUCGGCAAUCCAACCGAUUCCCGGUGACGAGGGCGGGGUGUACUUCGCAGCUACAGUGCUUCUGAUAUCCGUGGGAAAAGCAGGAGGGUUGCCUAUCUUGGAAGGAUUUCUAGUUGGUCAAUUAACGGCCCAUGAACCUAGGCAGCUGGACAUAGAUGAAGGCAGAGUAAACGCAAGAAAGACUGUGUGGUGGACCACUGCAUGGUUAUUGUGUAAACUUAGCACCCCCUGGAUGUUCAGCUAUGGUAGUUGGCCUUCAACGUUCGUGGUGUCAACAUCAGUUAUGGCCAUUGGUUAUUUUCUGUUCUGGUGUUGCAUUCCUUUCUACCACCACAGAUCAUUGGAUGAAGCUUCUACUACUCCAGAAAUCUCCCGUGGAGCUAGCCCUGAAGAGAAUACAAACAAUGGUCCUACUCCAGCAGUUUCUCCAAAAAUUCCCUGUGGAGCAAGCCCCGAAGAGAAUACAAACACUGGUCCGACUCCAGCGGUUUCUCCAAAAAUCCCCCAUGGAGCUAGCCCCGAAGAGAUUACAAACAAUGAUCCAACUCCGGCGGUUUCUCCAGAAAUCCCCUGUGGAGCUAGCUCCGAAGAGAAUACAAACAAUGGUCCGAAUCGGGCGGUUUCUCCAGAAAUCCCCUGCGGAGCUAGCUCCGAAGAGAAUACAAACAAUGGUCCGAAUCGGGCGGUUUCUCCAGAAAUCUCCCGUGGAGCUAGCCUUGAAGAGAAUACAAACAAUGGUCCGACUCCAGUAGUUUCUGCAGGAAGAAGACGAAUGGAGAAAUGGAAGCCUCUUUCUAUAAUGAUUCCCAUGUGGACUAGUUUUCUGAUAUUUGGUCUAGUACUAUCAACAGGGUACAGUUUCUAUAUCGAGCAAGGAAGCACCUUGGAACCUACGGUCUCUAUUUAUAUAAUUAAUAUGAUUUGGAAGAUGACCAAGUAUGCAAGCUCUUUCUUUUCCACACUCUUGUUAAGAACACGAAAAACAAAAGGCAUUACAGUUGGAAUCUGGACAGCAAUGUUGGUCUCCGUAAUCUGUUGUUAUGUUGCGUGGCGUGUCGAGAUUCGCAGGUUGCAUGCCAUCGUGGAGGGCGGAAUAUGCGUCAACCAAGAUGAUCACGUACCCUUGAGUAUUAUGCGUCUGGUACCGCAGUUCUGUCUGCUGGGACUUGCGGAAGGGAUUGGCAGAAAAGGCCUGGAUCUUUUCUUCGAGGUUCAGGUCUCUGAUGUGCCAAUGAAGAUAUAUGGAUCAGCACUAAAUGAAGCUGCGAUCGGGCUCGGAAGCUUCCUUAAUGCUAUACUUGUUUUCCGCUUCAAGAUAUGGUUCGGCGAUACUUUAAACUGCAGUCGCCUGGACAAGUACUACCAAAUGUUGAUGAUACUGAGUUUUGUGAACCUAUGCUACUACAGCGGGUUUGUCUCAAUUUAUUACUCAAACAAGAACAAAACCAAAGACGAUCUCCAAGUAGAAGCAGCAGGAGCAGGUGUUGUUUGAGGUUAAUUUAUGAAGCAUUAUAGUGAAUUCUGUGGCAUGGUCGGAACCUUCUGUUUGAACCUCUAGGACGUUUGCAUUUUUAUUUCUUUUCUCGUGUCAAACAGUUUCCGGACAUUUGUUAUUAGCCUUUUUGUUGAUAAAUUUGGAGUGUGGAGUAUAUGAGAUAUUGUGCUCAUCUUGCUAUGAAAAGAAUAUUGGUUUUUAAGUUUGCAAAUUAA